GAUUAAUUGAAUAGCAAUUACAGAAUUUGAAUCAAGUGAAGCAAACACUUUUACUUGAGGAGUACUGGGUAAAAUAUAUUUACAAAGGUUCUUUUUUAUUUAUUUAAAAUGCAAAACAUAUAUAUAUUUAAAUCAUUGUUUUUUUUUAAAGUACAAACAUAUUUGGGGGAAACGUCUCGUACGCAAGUGGUUAGGGCUAGGCAAUAUGGCUGAAAAACGUAUCACGAUAUUGGCAUUCCUAUCAGUUGACAUUGAUAAUUACUGAUUAGAUUUUUGUAUUAAAUAUCCAAUAUACUGUACUGCUAAACUAGUGAUGUGAUCUUUCCUCUUUUAUCUGCAAUUUCUUCAUGAGUUGUUCUCAUUUUCUCUGAUCACCCCCAUUUGUUUUAUUUUUAAGCAGUAAGGGGUAUUUUAAACAAAAACUAAUCAGUAAUUUUUUAUAUGAACUGAAAUAAAAUCCACCCUGUUUUCCUCUGUUUAUUGUCUUCUCUGGAUGGGGUGUACUGAAAUAAAUUUUUGUUGUGGUUUGGUACAAUAACAAAAAAGCAUUCAUUAAUUUGAUCUUGAUAAUAUUUUGGGGUCAUAUUGCCCAGCCUUAGAGAAAAUUAUAAAUAUUUUUGACAUGCUAUUUCAAUUAAAAAUGUAAUUAAUAGAACAUUGUUUUUCAAAAAUUGAACUAUUUUAUCUUGUAUUUUUAAAGAUGCCCGACUUAUUUAGUUAUUGGUUGAAUAAAACUGACUUGAAAUCUAAAUCUAAUAAUUUUGACCCCAACCGUAAUAUUUUCCUACCUGGAAAAAGAAUUGCUGAAAUAAUGAACAUGACAACCACGCUGUUGAGUCUUUAUGAACGUCUGUCUGACUUUGUUUCUUUCUGCAUUUAUUUGGAUUCUAAAUGUAAAAGUUCAGAGCAGCACAGAUUCAGUCACAAAUAUAUAAACAAAACAAAAGGCACAGAGUUUAUAACUGUAAAUUCAACAGUGACAGAUUUACAGUUGGAGCAGUAUCGACCCUUUCUACGCGUGACGUCACUGCCUUCAGAACUCCUCCCGCUCCGCCAUGAUGGACGUCAAAACCACCAAUGAGCUCCCGCAAAGCCGAUCAAAAAACGCACAUCUGAUAGCCUGAUAUCACUGUUAUUUAGUCGAUUUCGCAGUAAAAAUGGUCACGGGUUGCUGCGCGGUCUGCUGCACAAACAGACAAGGGUGACAACUAAACUUGUCAUUUUAUUUUGUAACUUUUAAUGAGAAAAAAUGCAGCGGCGAUGGACACCAGCCGUUAAUCAUAAUGACGUGUCAGCCCUUGGUGUAACCGCGGAUUUGCAGUGAACAAUAUUUACAAGGUAGAGUCAUGCGAGGCAGGGGAGGCGGCUGGAGGAGAGGCGGCCGGGGUGGACACGACGGCGACGGCAAUAACAGUGAGCACAGAGGCCGGGGGAGAGGCGGCCAACACCGCGGCAGGGGCAGGCGAGACCACCGGGGACGCGGACGCGGUGGAGACUACCACGCCGCAGCAAACUUUCCCCAGCAGCACCAAGAUGAGGGGGAGAACCUCGAAGAUGAAGACAACAGGACGGCGGUGUUCUCCAGAAGAAAACUGGAGUCCAACUGGGACCGUUACGAGGCAUCAGAGAGGGCGGAGGAAGACGACGGCACGCCGUCUCAGAGAGGAACCGACUUCCAUGUGCUGCUGGAGUCAGCGGGGGAUUCGUUCACUCAGUUCCGGUUUGCAGAAGAGAAGGACUGGGAGAUGGAUCCAUUCGCAGCCAAUCAGGUGUCGGCGGUGCUUUUGGACCUCCCUGCUCUCGCCCAGAGUCUCCAACAAGUUCCUCUCCACCGGAGACUGAAUCUAGAAGCUGAACUGGUUCAGGUCUCGACACCAGUAGAGCUGCCAGCUGUGAGCCUCGCACCUAAACAGGAAGUACCCAAAUUUCCUCCUCCGUCUGCUGCCUUUAAAGGCCUCAGCACCAGUCAGAAACCAGCGGUGGGCUUAAACUCCCAGGUUUCCUCUGUGGCUGUUAAACCUGAGGAGGAGGAGGAGGAGGAGGAUGAAGAGCUGGAUGAGCUACUUGGUUUACAGAAACCCGGUUCAGAUGACGCAGGACAUCAGCUGAUCUGCAGUCCAAACGAGGAGAGACGAUCGCCAGAGAAAGGAUUUGAAGAAGCGGCAUCGGAAGAAAAAGCUUUAGAUGAGGAUGUUGCCCCUCCAAAGCCUGCGGAGGUCAAAGAGUCGAUCACUGAGGAGGACCUGGAGGACUGGCUGGACAGCAUGAUCUCCUGACCAUGAAGAAGAUGCACGAUUUAAUGACCGGAGUGGUUGGCGCACUCACCUGCUUGCCAUUGUGAGUGACGGAGGACAGGAUGGUGCGAAGCGUCUUGAAGCCCAUGGCGAUGUCCAACAGAUGUGCAGCGAAGAAGAAGUUGUUGAAGUGUCCAAAGAUGGACAUGGUGGUAUACCAGAUCAGAUACAGGAAGUACUG